GAUAUUUAGAUUAUACCAAGAGAAGUUUAGAUUAGACCUAGCUGCUUAGUAACUUGGUUUAAGGAGAGUAUGGCACAUACUAGUGGCAAUGCUUUGGUGCAGUGGCUAGUAGCAUCAUUGCUCAUUGCCAUGUUGGGUGGUGCCAAAGCUUAUGUUUUAUGUGACAUAGAGUCAAAUAAGCUAAGCUUAUGCUAUGCAGCAGUUACUGGGAGCCACCCUAAAAAACCCAAUGAAAAAUGCUGUGAAAUUGUUCAACAUGCCAAUUUGCCUUGCCUUUGCAGAUACAAGUCUAUCCUACCUGCACUUGGAAUCAACCCCACCAAUGCUUUUGCCUUGCCCAGUAAAUGUGGUCUGAAAACACCACCUAAAUGUAAAGUGAUUUGAAGAAAUUCUUGAGAAUCCCAUCCUUUUAAGCACCCUUUUAGUCUUUAUUUGUCUUUCAUGUGCUGUAUUAAUAUUGAAGAAGCUUUUUUCUACAUUGGCAUUUUGUGCCUCUCAAAUAAAUUAGUAGUUUAUUUUCCAUGUCUUUCUCACAUGUUUGCAAGGUGUAUGAUGUAUCAGUUCCCUAUCAAGUAGAUUCUACAAAGGUGUUUGAUGUACUACUAUUUAAAGAUUUUCAAUCUGUAAUCUGUCUAAUAAAAUGCUUGUUUCUUGUGUUCUGAAUUCAA